AUGUUCCCCAGGACAUCGUCCCGCUCCCAUGCUGUGCUGCAGGUCACCGUGCGCCAGCAGAGCCGCGGCUCAGACCUGGCGGAGGAAGUGCGCGUCGGGAGGCUGUUCAUGGUGGACCUGGCGGGCUCGGAGCAGGCGUCCCAGACCCAGAACCGUGGCAAAAGGAUGCAGGAGGGCGCGCACAUCAACCGCUCCCUGCUGGCACUGGGCAACUGCAUCAACGCGCUCAGCGAGAAGGGCAGCCGGGCGCAGUAUGUGAACUUUCGGGACAGCAAACUCACGCGCCUGCUGAAGGAUGCCCUGGGAGGGAACAGCCGGACGGUGAUGAUCGCCCACAUCAGUCCGGCCAGCACGUCCUUCGAGGAGUCGCGGACCACCCUGCUGUACGCCGACAGAGCCAAGAGCAUCAAGACCAGGGUCAAGCGCAACCUGCUGACCGUGUCCUACCACAUCACGCAGUACACAGACGUCAUCUCUGGCCUGCGCAGGGAGAUCGAGCGCCUCAAGUCCAAACUCGAGAGGCGGGAACAGCAGAAGGAAAGCGAGCCGGGCGUUCGGGACACACAAGUCACAGUGUCCACCCAGGACACAGAGGAGGACAGCCGCCUGCAGAUGAACAAGAUCCGGGCCCAGCUGGUCGGGGCCUUCAAGGAGCAGCUGGAGAUGCGGCGCAGCCUGGUGGAGCUGGAGAAUGCCAGCACUGAGCUGCACGUGGACGCGUCCCGCCACCUGCUGGCCAUUGCAGACUGGGAGCGUGAGAAGACCCACCACCACACCCAGAAUAGGACACCUGGGAGGGGUGAGGAGCAGGUGGUGGCCGGCGCAGACGGGGGCACGGGCAAGUCUGCAGAGUCGCAUGAGGUGGCCCUGGCCAGAGAGGAGGUCAACAUGCUGUUAGCUGAGCAGCAGAAAACCAUGGCCCUCAAGGCUGGGCUGGAGCAGCGCCUGGCCGGUGCCAGGAGAAAGGCUUCACAGCUGGAGGACCUGCUGCCCAGGCAGGCCAUCAGCGAGGACCAGCGGGAGGUGCUGCGGCUGCUGUGCAGGACACACGAGCUGGAGCUGGAGAAGACGGAGCUGCAGGCCAGCAGCCUGCGCCAGGAGCACCUGCUGGGCCAGAAGGACUUGGUCAUUCAGCGCUACCAGCAGCACCGGCUGCUCUGCGAGCACAUCAUUCAGGCACAGCGGCAGCUGAUUCAGGAUGGUGGCAUCCGGGUGCCGGCACCGCUGGACGAGCCCUACGGCCUGUACUCCCGGGAGCUGGGCGAGGGCUCCCUGAACCGUCUGUUGCUGCUGCACUCGGUGAUGGCCAGCUCCCUGCAGGAUGACUCCGUCAUGAACACAUCUCCAUUGCCAGAGGAGUCCAGCCAAGAGCAGCCUGACGACAGGAACGACCUCCCGUGGGGUGCCCAGUUUAAGCUCUCGCCAGUGCUGCUGGAGACAGACAGUGAUGGUUACAAGUCGUCGAAAGCCAUGCCCUCGAAGAAGCUGGGAAAGCAGGAUUUCCUCCUCCCUCUCCCAUCCCUCCGCAUCCGGCUGACGCCUCCGACUCAGGAGAAGUCGAGCUCCCUGAGUAUGAAGAAUUUGGUCUCCAAGCUGUGUUCCCCGGCUGGCUGGGAGUGUGGCACCCCGAGGAUGGCAGCAGAGGACCUCAAGGAGAUGGCCGCCAGCACCAAGACCAUCGCCCUCCUCGCGGCCACCCGGCGCUCCAAGGCGCAGGACCGCGACGGCAGCCACCACUCCUCCCCCCACCUCCCAGAGGAGGUAGCCCCGGAUGCCAGGGACCCGAGCCCAGCAGACAGGAAGUGGCCCCACACCAGCCCGGGCAGGGACGGAUCCGUGGACAGGAAGGCCUGGAGCACGCAGUCAGCGUCCCUCAGCCGGAGCGUGCAGCCGGCGGCCCUGCAGCAUUUGGCCGAGAGCCAGGCGCCCCCUGCACCCCAUCGGUUGCCAAAGUCGCCAUCAAGGAGACUCUUCCCUGCUGUGCCUGUGGCCUCCAACAUGAAACCCAGCCUCAGUUUCCAUGCAGAUGAGAACUCGCUCCAUGUGCCUGAGGUCGGCUUCACCCUCCCCAGGGCCACGUGGCAGAGCAGCACUGGCCCCAGCAGGGCGCCCCUCCUGCCCCCGGACAUCCGAGGGUCUACGGACAGCAGAGGACGACGCCACAGCCCACUGCCCCCCAGCAACCUUCGCAAGCACCAGGGUGGCAGUGCCAAGAAGCCAAGAAGACCAAAGUAAAGACGGCAGCAGGCAGAAGUGGCAGCAGGCGGGGCAGGCCAGAGAGGGUGAUCCCGGGCACUGGGGUCUCUCUGCCCCGAAGCUGGCUGAGAGAUGGGGGCCCUGCAGGGACACUUUGGGGGGCUUCCUGCAGCCCUUGCACCAGUGACUGCCUCACCAGACUCUUUCAGAAGAAGGGCUGCCCAUGUAGUCAGAGCCCCUCCCAAGGACCCCUCACAGGGAGCUUCAGGCCUCUUAUGGGUGAUUCUCAAUAGCAGGUGCUCCUCCCAGGAUCAGUGCACACCCUGCUUUCUGCUCCAGGAGACGGCGCUCUGUGGGCUGGGACACCAGACCUGCACCCUCCAGCACCCUCACCUCAGCUCAGGCGAGGAAGCCACUGGGGACACCUGAGUGGCCACUGGCAAGUGGAGGAGAAGAAUUUGUCCCCAAAGCCAUGUAUUAGUUGGGGCUUUCCAGGGAACCAGAAUAGGGUGUGUGUGCGCUUGUGUGAGCAUACACAAAAGAGGGUGGGGUUACUUCAAGGAAUUGGCUCACGUGAUUGUGGGCCUGGCAAGUCCGAAAUCAGCCCUGAGGCUGAAGGGCGUCUGGAGGAAGGCCCCCCUCUUCCUCAGGGGACCUCAGCCUGUUUCUCUCGCAGUCUUCCACUGCACUGACAGGACGAGGCCCACCUUCCUUAUGGAGGGCCAUCUGCUUUACUCAAAGUCUACUUACUGAUCUCAAUGUCAGUCUCAUCCAGAAAAUAAAGCUCCAGUGAUUACU